GCCAGGCGGCGCUAGCGGAUGGAGAAAUAAAAAUAUGCAGCUCUUUCUUCUUGUACCAGACAUGGCCUUGAUUCUUUUGUCCCCCCACAAAUAGCAAAUGCUUUGACACUCCCUCAUAUACUAUGGAUCACCGAAUCUUCGUUGAACCGAGCCAAGACCCAUGCAAUAGACAGCCAUGGCCCGGCGUGAUGGCCUUCCGAGGACGCCCGUCCUCAAUCUUAUUAGAUUCAAGUUCCGCCCGGAGGCGGAUUUCAUAGAUGAACAGCAUGUCGCACAUACACUAUGGCAGCAGUCGCUGGUCUUCAUAUCCACAGUCUCUGGCUUCCAGCGUCUUCUCUGGGCCCCGAUCUCGGAUGAAUCUCGGAGGGUGGUACUUCUGAUUCAAUGGCGCGAUGGAAUCGCGUGGCAGGAAUUCCAGUUGUCUUUCGGGCUUGGCCUUCUCCUUCCUCUACUGCAAGAAGUGCCUCCCUUGAAUCAUAGCAUUACACUCACUCUCCCUCCGUGCUUUGCUUCGGGGCCUGGCCACUUUCUCGAGCUGGUGGAACUGUCAGUCAAGCUGGCCGAGAAUGAGUAUGACCCGGCAGAGCGGAGCCGAUGA